GUGUCCAGGGGACCUCCUCCUCUUAGACAGCCUCGAAGCUCCAGUAAGUAGCUAGGGUCUCCGUGUCUCCUCUACACCCAGCUGCCCCGCUAUGCUGGUCCUUGACUCUCCUACCUGGUUUCUGAGGUUCAGUGUGUGAGGGCCAGAUCCAUAGACACCAUGAUCUCUGAUGGAUGGUAGCCCUUCCCUGUAGACACUAGACUAGCAAGAGUCCAAGGGUCCGUGUCUCAAGCAGUUUGAGCUGUGCUAGGCACGACAGAAGGACACCUGCUGGGUGGGUAGCAUGGGUUUUGAGGAGCUCCUGGACAAGGUGGGUGGCUUUGGCCCCUUCCAGCUGCGGAAUCUGGUGCUAAUGGCCCUGCCCCGGGUGCUGCUGCCCAUGCAUUUCCUCCUGCCCGUCUUCAUGGCCGCUGUGCCUGCCCACCACUGUGCCUUGCCUGGUGCCCCUGCCAACCUCACUCACCAGGACUUGUGGCUGGAGGCCCAUCUACCCCGGGAAACUGACGGCAGCUUUAGCUCCUGCCUCCGCUUUGCCCAUCCCAAGGCUCUCCCCAAUACCACCUUGGCGACAGAGGCACACAGCUCUGGGGAGCCUGAGGGAGAACCUACCACAGUACCCUGCUCUCAGGGCUGGGAGUACGACCACUCAGAAUUCUCCUCCACCAUUGUAACUGAGUGGGACCUGGUGUGCGAGCAGAGAGGGCUAAACAAGAUUACAUCCACCUGCUUCUUCAUCGGGGUGCUGCUGGGGGCCGUGGUGUACGGAUACUUGUCUGACAGGUUUGGCCGGCGCCAGCUUUUGCUGGUGGCUUACGUGAGCUCCCUGGUGCUGGGCCUGGCAUCUGCGGCCUCAGUCAACUACAUCAUGUUUGUCGUCACCCGAACCCUCACUGGCUCAGCCCUGGCUGGUUUCACCAUCAUUGUGUUGCCACUGGAGCUGGAAUGGCUGGAUGUCGAACACCGCACUGUGGCUGGUGCCAUCAGCUCCAUCUUCUGGACAGCAGGAGUGCUGCUGCUAGCACUGGUUGGGUACCUGAUACGGAGUUGGCGGUGGCUUCUACUGGCUGCCACCCUGCCAUGUGUUCCAGGCAUCAUCAGCAUCUGGUGGGUACCUGAGUCUGCACGAUGGCUUCUAACCCAGGGCCGUGUGAAGGAGGCCCAGACAUACUUGUUCCGUUGUGCCAAGCUCAAUGGGCAGCCUGUGGGUGAGGACAGCCUGAGCCAGGAGGUCCUGAACAAAGUGGUCACUGUGGAACGGGUGCUGCAAAGACCCUCAUACCUAGACCUGUUCCGAACCCCGCAGCUCCUACGUAUCUCACUGUGCUGCAUGAUGGUGUGGUUUGGAGUGAACUUUGCCUACUAUGGCUUGAUCCUGGACGUGUCAGAGCUGGGGCUGAACGUGUACCAGACGCAGCUGCUGUUGGGGGCUAUGGAAGUGCCCUCCAAAGUCAUGGUCUACUUCCUCGUGCGUCAUGUGGGACGCCGCCUCACAGAGGCUGGAACGCUGCUGGGUGCCACUCUGACCUUUGGCAUCAGCCUGCUGGUGUCCCCAGGGACCAAGGAAUGGGUCAUAGCUCUGUUGUUGUUGGGAAAAGGGUUUUCUGAAGCUGCCUUCACUACAGCCUACCUGUUCACAUCUGAGUUGUACCCUACUGUGCUCAGACAGACAGGAUUGGGACUCACUGCACUUACUGGCCGGCUAGGGGCCUCUUUAGCCCCACUGGCGGCCUUGCUGGAUGGAGUAUGGCUGAUGCUGCCCAAACUUGCUUAUGGGGGAAUUGCCCUGCUGGCUGCCUGCACUGCACUCCUGUUGCCCGAGACAAAGGUGGCACAGCUGCCAGAAACCAUCCAGGAUGUAGAAAGAAAGAGGGUUCAGGAAGAAGAUCUGCAGGUCCGGAACUGAGUAAGACUAGAGAUAGCCCUGCACAGGAGCUCUGCGGGACCAGAAGCAGAAGGCAGGCUCCUGAGACUGGGACAUCACAGCCCUGUGCCUAAGGACGAAGUUGCCACUGGUACCUUCUGUAUUCUUUCAGUCUCCAGCAACAGGACAGCCUCCCAGAAUGCACUGGGCUACUAGAGAUUCUGGGCACCCCUCAUACCUGGGGGAUUCUGUAAAUUAAGAUGUCUCCUGGGUUAGGGCAGCAUUGAGGUUUGAAGAGAUUCCCCCAUUACCUUGAUCUUCAGCUCUGAUUCCAGCUUUGCCACUGUUCAUCUCCCAAGUGAAAACUGAAACUUCCUAGCAGACAAGACUUUAUUGUCACACUCAAACUGAACAAGGUGAUUCUAGGAAUGUUGCUGAAGGACAGUUCUCUGCUUAUCUCUAGUACAUCUCUAGUACAUGAGACUGAUGGGUGUGCUGUCUCUGGUGCAGGGAUAGGAUCUGCCCAAGGACGGGACCAACAGAUGGAGCUGCUUGUGCCCCUGCUCCCCCAUCACAGUCUAGGCUUCAUACCUACAAAGUUAAAGGUAUGAGAGUCAAUAUUUUAUUAGAGAAGCCAGAGAGCUGAGACUCAAUAAAUGACCUCAAUGAGUAUA